CCGUUUUGACAUUUCAGCGCACGCGCACUAACCUACAAUUGUACCUUCGCCAUUGUUGUUGAUCCAUUUAUCAACUGUGUGAAAUAAUUUAUUCAGGGACAGGAUGACUGAUUCCAUGAAUUUUGGACCAGAGUGGUUGAGAAACUUAUCUUCUGAUGGUUCCACUACCGGUGGAACUGGAGGGGGAGCUAGAUACCAGCUAUCUGGGUACCGGUAUGGUAGAGAGGAGAUGUUGGGACUAUAUGAGAAGGGUUUUAAGCCUCCAGCUUCGUUGGUCAACUUUACAAGACUCUAUACUGAUCCACCACUGGUACCCUUAGUUCUUUUGGACAAAGGACCAACAGAGGAAGAGAGAUUGUGGCAAUCCAGAGCACCGCCUAUAAACUCUUCCACCAGAGGCAGUCGUGGUUCUUCACUUGAACGGGGUGGGACUCGACCAAAUAGAGGACGGGGUUCAUAUCAAUAUGGUAGAAAUGUUAACAGCUAUGAUGCAACUGGUGGUGUGGGAGGAUGGGGUAAUGGUGAACAACAAGAGUGGAGUCCAAGAAAGGAUUUUGGUGGUUACAGUAGGUCAGCUUCAGUAGAUAAUUGGCGUCGUAAUCGACCGGCGGAUGAAGAGGAAGGUUGGAGGUCGACAACUAAUCGUGGUUCUGCUGAAAAAUGGGUUCGUUCCACAAGCUGGCGCGACGGUGACAAAGAAGACGACAGAGGUGGACCACACGAAAGAAGCAGGAGUUGGUUUGAUGGUAGAAAUCACGUUCAAAGAAAAGGUUGGGACGAGGACCAUCAACCCGAAUGGUUUACCGAACAAUUAGGCGAAGGUGGGGGUACCUUCGAUGCGACCGGGGCGUAUCACGGUUCAGACGACGAACAGGAUCAUAGAAUUGGCGGAAGAAAAGAGUUACAAAAAUCUACAUCCCAGCAGAAUAUAUCACCAAGACAACCGGCCCCUUUGACAUCAUCAAAAUCUUCAGUUUCGUUAUCUAAACAAUGCGAAAUUGAAGUAAAAGAGGAACACAUUAAUGUCGGUAUAAAGGAUGUAGAAGAGACAAAAGAAAAGCUUGAUCCGCCUGAAAAACCAAUUGAAGAGAAAAAACCUAAAAAUGUUGAGAUUAAAAAGGAAGUUAAAGUCGAUAAGAUUGAAAAACAAAUGGGUCAUAAAAUUGAGGGGAAUUUAAAUGUUAAUGGAAUUGUUGUAGAGCUACCAUCAUCUUCACAUAGAGUUGAAGAAGAUUUUGACAGACUCCAAGAGGAUCUCGUUUCCAAGCUGGUCGUGGAGGAGGAGAACCCAAAAACAACAAUGAACCCAAAUAUGGGGAUGUCAAGCGUAGGAGUAACGCCGCAACCUCCGCCAAACCUCGUUCCACCCAUUCAAGACAAAUGGUUUUAUCGGGAUCCCCAGGGUGAUCUUCAAGGACCCUUUGUAUCAACCGAAAUGGCCGAAUGGUUUAAAGCCGGUUAUUUUACGUUGUCGUUACUUGUUCGUCGACAAUGCGACAAAACGUUUUAUACUCUUGGCGAUCUUGUUAGGUUAUGUAACGGAGCGAAUCCGUUUUUAUCGACGACGCGCAUUCCACCAUUGAAAGAAGUGCCACCGGUGAAAUUAACCGACCAAGAUCAUUUGUUAAAUUUGCAUAAUCUUCAAGUUCAGUUUGCUUUAAGUCAAGGGCGACCGUAUAAAUCGGUUCCUCCCACGGAUUGGGCGAAUCUUACAGCACUUCAACAAAGGGAUAUGCUUACUCAACAUCUUAUGCCACAAGCUCAGAUGACGCCAGUUGAGUUACAAUAUUUCCAGCAAUCAGCACAACCCCCGCCACAAGCCGCCAAUCCACUCAUGCACAUCAUCAAUCAAAUGCAACAAGUUAAUAAGUUAUCCGGGCCACCGAUGACAGAGCAGCCAAACGCGAUUCCCAUGCAGUUAGAUCCACUUCAGGCGUUAGUUCAACAAAUGCACUCCCUGCAGAGGAUUCCACAAGGGGCUACACCUCUUCCUGGAAUGGGUCUGCCACAAACCAUUCCAUCUGAAAACCUAAUUAACAAUAUGACAGGAAUCCAUGGGAAUCUUCCAGGACCAGGAAUGACGGGGAUACCCAGUAGUUUACCUGGUAGCGGCGUUAUGCCAAAUAUACCACAGAAGCCUUUAGAAAACCUCGCCACACCCGCCGAUGAUAAUCCAAUUAAUAAUUUAUUAAGACAAUUACAAAAUAAGAAUAUAUCUCAACCACAACCUAUGGAUGCUUUAUGGCAACAAAACCAAUACAUAACCUCGCAAAUUCAACAAACUAAUCAAUGGCAACAACAGCAACAACAACAAACAGUUCAAUCGAAUCAACCACCUCAACAGCCACAACCCAUACAAUCUCAACAACAACAUCCACCACCACCACCACCUUCCCAACAGCAGCCGCCAAAUGAAAAGCCAAUAUCAAUGUGGGAUUUAACACCAACACAAUCUCAAAUGAACACUCAACCGGUUGAAACGACGACGAAUAUAUCAGAAGAAAUCCAACAGCAUUCACCGAGUAGUAAAGAAAAAGAACAAUCGAAAAGAGAAAAAGAAUCCGCGAAAGAAGAAAAGAAACGCAAAGAACAGGAAGAAAAGCAGCUGAAGAAAGAAGCGGAAGAAAAACGAAAACAAGAACAAAGAAAACAAGAAAUGGAAAAGAAAAUAGCCGAAGAGAAAAAGAAAAAGGAGGAAGAAAGGAUUAGGAAGGAACUAGAAAAAGCCAGGAAAGAAGCGGAAGAAAAACGAUUGCGAGAAUUAGAAGAAAAAAGGAAACUAAAAGAAGCGAGGAAAGCUGAAGAAGAAGCACGUAAACGCGCUGAAGAACAGAAAAAAUUAGAGGACGAACACGAAAAGGAAAAAAUUAAGGAAGAAAAAAUGAAGGAGGAAGCAAAGAGAGCGAUGGUUAAAGCGAUCCAAGAGAAUCAAAAUAAAAACAAUAAUGUGGUUAGUAAAGCAGCUCCUUGGAGUAAUCCUUCAAGCGCAAGUACAGGCCCGAGUUUACUAGCCAUCCAAAAAGCCGAACGAGAGAAACGCGUUGAAAUGGCAUAUCUUCAGCAACAACAACGACAAUUGUUGAUGCAAGAGCAACAGACAAUCGAAAAAGCGUCAAUUCAAUUGAACUGGGCUAAUAAACCAAUUCAACCGAGGCAAGUUAAAUCAUUAGCGGAAAUACAAGCUGAAGAACAAGAGUUGUUAGCGAAACAAGCGGCCGAGAGACUUGCGCAACAAAAUAAGGAAAAAGAAAAUCAAACGGCGCCGGUUUCUACUGGUAUAUGGCAAGGACAGAAUUUAACCUGGGCAAAUACUGCGUCACAGUGGCCUUCAAAUGUAGCAGGCUUUUGGGACGAUGUACCAACCCAGAAAGCCCCAUCGAAACCGUCCAAUGUAGUUAAGAGCAAUUCAACAAGUGCCAUGGUGACACAAGCGAAGCCCCAACAACAACCGCAACAACAACAACAACCAAAAGUUGCAAAAGCAAAAACAAAGAAAGAAGAAACGACAGGUUCAAAAAAUAACGGUUCUUUAAGUACAAAUGGACCAGCUACUGAGGAAUUUACACAAUGGUGUAUUAAAGCGUUAUCAAAUGUUACAAGCACUGUAGAUAUUCCAACAUUUAUUGGAUUUUUAAAAGAUAUUGAAUCAGCGGCUGAUGUAAAAGAUUAUUGUCGGGAAUAUUUAGGAGAGAGUCAAGCGAUGCAUCAAUUCACGGCACAAUUCCUAGAAAAGCGACGUUCGUUCCGACCGAAAACGAACGCGCAUAAAGAUGAUAUGUGUUCCCCCGCGCCAGCAAUUACCCCAUCGAUGCAGCAUAACUCUGAUUUUCAAGAAGUAAAGGGUAAAGGUAAGAAAACUAAAAAGUCGAAGAUGACUAAAGUGGAUGCGAGGAUCCUAGGCUUUAAUGUGACCGCGGCGCAAGACAGGAUUAACGUCGGCGACCGCGAUUAUGGUGAUAACUAAAAAUGAUUAUUAAGCGAUUUGUAUACAAGAGGAAAUCCAUUCGUCUCAUUUACAUAAUUGUUGCUGUACCUUUAUGCAAAUAAUUUUAGAAGUUAUAAUUUUAUUUGAUUGUUAAUGAAUGAGGAAAAAACGAAACCCGUAUUAAUACCGAAAAAAUCUUUUUUUGUCUUUAACUGUUUAAAGAAGAUAGUUUUUACAUAAAAGAGAUCAAACGAUA